AAUGAAGAAUUAUUAUCCAAUAUGUAUCCUCAUUGUGUUGCUAACAGUAGCAAAUGCAGAAAGUGCAAAAGAAAAUGCAGCCAUUUCUGUUCUUGUGAACUCUGAUACAGUUGAACCAUUAGAAGAAGCUGAACGCAAAGUCAAAGCUACUGAAGCAUCAAAACCCGGAGAAGCUACAAAUGUUGCUCUGUCUGUUGUAGUAAAUACAGGUGCAGAUAAUUCGUUGAAAGAAUCUUGUUCUUCAACAAAUGAAAUAGAAUCAACAACAAAUGGAGAAAGUGCAAGUGGAGCUAUUUCUGUUUUAAUAAAUCCUAGUGGCAUGAAACCAAAAGAAACUAAUAUUCAAACAAAAAAUACAGAAGAUGAUGAAACUAAAGCAAAUGAAGAUGUAGCUGUCUCUGUCAUUUUGAAUACUAGUGCAGAAACCCCAUUAAAAGAAACUGCUAAUGAUAGAAAUGAUACAGAAGUAGCUAAAACUGAAGAAGCUAAAAAUGUGCCUAUUUCUUUCAUAAUGAAUCCUAGCAUAAUGGAACCAUUUGGAGAAGGAACAAGCAUUAAAAGAAAUGAUACAGAAGGAGUUAAAACUAAAGAAGUGACAGAUGCAAAUAUUUCUAUCAAAGCAAAUCCCAGUGCAGUGGAACCAUUAAAAGAAUCAAUCACCAAAAGAAAUGAUACAAAAUCACCUAAAACUGAAGAAGCUAAGAAUUUGCCUAUUUCUAUCAUAGUAAACCCUAGCAUAGUGGACCCAUUUGAAGAAACUAACAUUGAAGCAAAUGUUACAGAAGCACAUAAAACAGAAGAAGCUGAAGAUGAGCCUACUUCUAUCAGAUUAAAUUCUAGUGUAGUGGAGCCGUUAGAAGAAAUGAAUAUAGAGACAAGCUAUACUGAAGUAACUGUUUCUGUUACAGAGAGGCCUGAGGCAGUCACUCAUAAUGAUACACACAAUACAGAAGCAGCUAAAACUGGUUUCAAAUCAGCUGAUUUUCUUACAGUGAAUCCAAGGGAAGAUAUAAACCAAAACACUUUUCUUGAAGUAACUCUUGCAGAAGAAAAAGUUAUUUUAAAACCACUGGAAGAGGCUAAUAAUGGAACAAAUUUUACACAAGCAACAAUAAACAAUGGAUCAGCUGGUUCUAAAGAAGCUGAUUUUUCCAGGAAAAACAUGCAGAAAGAGACUUAUCUUGAAGCAACACUGGAAAAAGAACCAGCUAUAGUAAAUUCUAGCAUGGGUAAACCACUGGAAAAAACUGAAAUUGAAACAAUUGACACAAAAGUAGUAGAUAGCAGAACAGCUCUUACUGAAGCAGAUGACUUCAAUGCAGAUUAUAUUCUUACAAAAAAUCCUAGUACAAGUUUACAAGAAGAGACAUACCUUGAAGCAACUCUAGGAGAAGAAGGCGCAAUCUUUAACUCUAGUAGAAGCAAACCAUUAGAAAAAACUAAAAUUGAAGAAAAUUACAGAAAAGCAGCUAAAAAAGUAACAGCUACAGAUGAAGCAUUUUCUGUCACCAAUAAUAAUGAAAAUAAUGCUGAAGCAGAUAAUAUAAACAAAAAAGCUGCAGCUGCAGCCUUUUCUGUCACUACCACAAAGAAUGCAGAGGCAUCUGAUAUGGUUGGGUCUAUGGAAGCUGAUCUAAAAACAGUAAAUCCUGAGGAUAAUAUUGAGGAAGAAACUUAUCUUGAAGCCACUAUUGCAAAUAUUUCAGAACCAGCUGAAACCUCAGAAGCAAAUUUUGUAAUAUUCAAUAAUGAUGAAAGCAUGCAAGAAGAAACUUAUCUUGAGGCAACUAUUACAGAAAAGGUUAAUUAUCUAUCAUCUAAAACAGAAGAUGGUAUUCCUGUAGGAAAUAAUACAGAAGAAGAUGAUAGUGGCAAAUCUAAUACAGAAGUUGAUUCUCCUGCAACAGUUUGUACAGAAGACGCUAGUCCUGUAACGGCUUAUGCAAAAGUUGCUACUCCAGCAGCAUUUAACAUGGAAGACACUAAUCCUGCAACAGCUCAUACAGAUGUUGAUUCUCCAGCAGCAGUUAACAAAGACACUAAUAUGGAAGUUGCUUCUCCAGUUAACACAGAAAAUGCUAAUCCUGUAACAGCUCAUACAGAAGCUGAUUCUCCAGCUGUAGUUAAAACAGACAACACAAAUCCUGUAACAGAUGUUGGUUCUCCAGCAGCAGUUUGCAAAGAAGACACUAAUACAGAAGUUGCAUCUCCAGUAGCAGUUAAAACAGAAAAUACUAAUCCUGUAACAGAUAAUACAAAUGUUGAUUCUUCAACAGCAGUUAAUACAGAAUAUGCUAAUCCUGUAACAUUUAAUAUGGAAGUUGAUUCUCCUGCAGCAGCUAACACAGAAGUUGCUAAUCCUGUAACAGCUAAAACAGAUGAUAAUAAUCCAAAAAAAGCUAAUAAUACCAAUGAUAAUUUAGUAAAAAAUAAUACGGAUGAAGCUCAUUCUGUAACAAAUAUUACAAGAUAUGUUACGUCUGCUGGUAAAGAUACUGCUACUUCAGUAGAAGGUAGUAAAGAUGCUAAGACUCCUCUAGAAGUUGGUAAAGAUGCUGUUACUCCUCUUAAAGCUGGUAAAGAUGCCGUUACACAUCUAGAAGCUGGUAAAGAUGCUGGCAAACAUGUAGAAGCUGGUAAUGAUACUACUACUACUCCUGUAAAAGCUGGUAAAGAUGCUGCUGCUUCUCUAGAAGUCAUUAAAGAUGCUGUUACUCCUCUAGAAAUUGGUAAAGAUGCUGACACUUCUGUUAAAACUGGUAAAGAUGCUACUUCUCAUGUAAAAUCUGAUAAAGAUGCUGCUACUCCUUUAAAUGCUAGUAAAAAUUCUUCUACUCCUGUUAAAGCUGGUGAAGAUGCUGCUACUCCUGUAAAAGCUGGUAAAGAUGCUGCAACUCCUCUAGAAGCUGCUAAAGAUGCUUUAACUCCUGUUAAAGCCGGUACAGAUGCUAUUACUCAUAUUAAAGCUGCAGCUUUUCCUUUAAAAACUGGUAAAUAUGACGCUACUUCUUCAGAAGCUGGUAAAAUGUCAGAUAAAUCUGAGGAAGCAAAUUCCAAUGAGAGAUGGAAAAUGGUUUUAAGUAAUGUACCAGUUUAAAAAUUAAUUUAUUGAAGAGUU